AUGGCCUUCAACAAGAUUUGGUUUGCCGUAGCCCUUGGACUUCUGCUGCCUUUUUCUUACGCCCACACGGACUUCUUCACUUCCAUCGGUCAUAUGACAGACUUAAUUAAUACAGAAAAAGAUCUGGUGGUGUCACUGAAAGAUUAUAUCAAAGCAGAAGAAAGCAAGCUGGAGCAGAUCAAAAAAUGGGCGGAGAAAUUGGACCAGCUGACAGCGACCGCGACGAAAGACCCAGAGGGGUUUUUGGGACACCCUGUAAAUGCGUUCAAGUUGAUGAAACGGCUCAACACGGAGUGGGGUGAGCUGGAGAACCUGGUUCUGAAGGACAUGUCCGAUGGGUUUAUCUCCAACAUGACCAUCCAGCGGCAGUUUUUUCCAAACGAUGAAGAUCAGACUGGCGCAGCCAAAGCCCUCUUGCGGCUUCAAGACACCUACAAUCUGGAUACGGACACCCUCUCAAGAGGGAAUCUUCCAGGUGUGAAGCACAAAUCCUUUUUAACGGCCGAAGACUGCUUCGAGCUGGGAAAGAUUGCCUACACUGAAGCCGACUACUACCACACCGAGCUGUGGAUGGAGCAAGCUCUGAAACAGCUGGAUGAGGGAGAAGUGUCUUCUGCAGAUAAAGUCUACAUCCUGGACUACCUGAGCUAUGCUGUGUAUCAGCAGGGGGAUCUGGGCAAAGCCAUGAUGCUCACCAAACGCCUCCUGGAGCUGGAUCCUGAACAUCAAAGAGCAAAUGGGAACAUGAAAUAUUUUGAAUAUAUCAUGGCUAAAGAAAAAGAAGCAAAUAAGUCCAGUACGGAUCCAGAGGAGCAGCUGGAGAAGGAAACUGAGGUUAAGAAAAAGGAUUACCUGCCCGAGAGAAGGAAGUACGAAAUGCUGUGCCGUGGGGAGGGUCUCAAAAUGACUCCUCGGAGACAAAAGAGACUCUUCUGCCGCUACUAUGACGGAAACAGGAAUCCUAGGUACAUCCUGGGCCCUGUCAAGCAGGAGGACGAGUGGGACAAACCUCGAAUUGUUCGCUUCCUUGACAUCAUCUCCGACGAAGAGAUCGAAACUGUGAAAGAACUAGCAAAGCCAAGGCUGAGGCGAGCCACCAUUUCAAACCCCAUAACAGGAGCCUUGGAGACGGCACAUUACAGAAUUAGCAAAAGUGCUUGGCUGUCGGGAUACGAAAGCCCUGUGGUGUCUCGCAUUAACACAAGGAUACAGGACCUGACAGGACUCGACGUCUCCACAGCGGAGGAGCUACAGGUAGCCAACUACGGAGUAGGAGGCCAGUAUGAGCCUCAUUUUGAUUUUGGAAGGAAAGAUGAGCCAGAUGCUUUUAAGGAAUUGGGAACAGGCAACAGAAUUGCUACUUGGUUGUUUUAUAUGAGCGACGUGUCAGCAGGGGGAGCUACUGUCUUUCCUGAAGUAGGAGCCAGUGUUUGGCCUAAAAAGGGAACAGCUGUGUUCUGGUACAACCUCUUUCCAAGCGGAGAGGGAGACUACAGCACGCGGCACGCCGCCUGCCCAGUACUAGUUGGAAACAAAUGGGUAUCCAAUAAAUGGCUCCACGAGCGGGGACAGGAAUUCCGACGGCCGUGCACUUUAUCGGAGUUGGAAUGACGCGGACUCGUCCCUCGCGUAUCCCGUCGGUGUCAAAUGCACACGUCUCCUACAGUUUACAGCUGACUAACACUCCACUACAGGUUCAGUCUUCAGCUACCCCGGUGUUCCAUCUGUGGACAAAACAAACGUGCUUUUAGGUCCUUUAAAAUAUCCCCUUAAGGUUUUAUGAACAGAAUAUUUCGAUUUUUAAGGUUUAUGAGUGUUACGGAAAAAAACCCGAACCCAAAAAGGACAAAAUACAGCUAACAGCGGUGUUGUGUGUGGUGUUCCCUUCACAAUCAGCC